CAAUAAGAUGGCGUCCGGUUUUUUGUGUGUGCUAUAAAAUUAUUGUUUUCUUAAUAGCAGUAAGUGUAUUUAAUUAAUGAAGUUUUUACGUUACUUCUUGAUAGUAAAUUAUAUUAUGAAGUUCAAAAUUAUAACUCCGAGGUUGUCCUGUUCGCCGUUAUGGUCAGAUUACUUGCGUGUCAAUGUAGCUUCUAGCGUCCAAUGCCGCCUUUUUCGUCGACUCGAUGAGUAUAGUUUAUAACAUUUAUGUGGUCUAAUGUUCAUAAUCAAUUUGUGAUAGUUUGUGAAUUAAAAUAUACUGUAUAUAUAACAUAAUACAUGACUUGAGUUGUUUCGCCGCUAGAUUGAUGAGUGUGUUGUGCAUUAGUGUGAAAGUGUACGUACAUGUUCGUAAUGGCAAUUCUGUCAUGAGUAGUGUUUACUAUCGGACAAUUGAAUGUGUGUUCGUCGGUUUACGUGAAUGUAGUGGAUAAUAAUAAGUGAAAAUGUGUAUGCCAACGCCGAGUAAUGUUUCGGGCUUCGGCUACUCGUGGGGUUUCACGAGUAACGCAGAUCUGACUAAGUGUGAAGUCGAGACACCCAGCAGCCUGAGCUAUACCUUGGGGAAUACGGUUUCUCCAGAAACAACAUUGACUGUUAUGUCUCACAAAACUCCACAAGUGCAAGACAAAGUCGGUGCAGUAGCGGUAGCGGUAACAAAUGCAGCAACUCAAGUCACAAGGGUUGUAACAGCUGGAACACCUGUGACCGCUAGGAGGGCCAUGUUUGUGUUAAAUGAAGCCCCCACACACACUAUCAAUAGAGUCUCACAGCCAAACCAGACUGCAACUAUACAAAGUGAGUCUACACAUUUAUCGGCAAAACCAUUCAUGACACCAAUUGGUCCUAUUCAGUUGACUGCAGAGGAAUGUAAUGAGAUUUUGAUGAAACGGGCCCUUCAAGCACAAGGUAUAGCCACACCCGUGAUAGAUGCUUCACAGUUGAAUCAUUCUAUAUUAAACGGAAGUCUGAAGAGUCUCGCCGAGGCCACUGCCCAGCAGUCACAGGCUGAAUCAAUACAGACAACUGUUCACCAACAUCACUUGCUUAAUACUAAACAGGAACCGGGUACAGCGAAUAAUUCACCAAAAACGGUGUAUUCACAGACAGACAUGAUGACUAACACUGUGAUGACGGUGCCACCAGUCAAGGAACGUCCAUAUUCAUGUGAAGAGUGCGGGAAAUCUUUUCUUCUGAAGCAUCAUCUCACAACACAUGCAAGAGUUCAUACAGGAGAGAGGCCUCAUGUGUGUGGUCAUUGUGGGAAAGCAUUUGCAAGGAAACAUUGCCUCAAUACACAUCUACUGUUACAUUCUGCUGACCGGCCAUAUAGAUGUCAUGAGUGCAAAAUGGCAUUCACACUCAAACACCAUCUCGUCACACAUUCACGAGUACACAGUCGCGAGCGGCCGUUCGUGUGCGGCGAGUGCGGUCGGGGGUUCCCCUUGAAGCGACAUCUCGUGACGCACAGCAAGUACCACGCGGGGGAGAGACCCUUCGUGUGCGGGGACUGUGGGGAGAGCUUUGCACAGAAGGAACAUUUAGUGAUGCACAGCCGUUUCCACGGUUCAUUGUCACCGUUCGUGUGUCCGGACUGUGGAGUCGCUUUCGCCAGGAAGUUCCAACUCGUCAAUCACGGCCGAGUACACGGUAGAGUACCACACGCCUGCCCCGUCUGUGGAAAAGAAUUUCUACAGAAGAGGACCUUAGUCGCGCAUCUGAAAAUUCACACCGGGGAAGGAGCGGUAGCUUGUUUGGAGUGUGGCGAAGCUUUUAAAUGUAAACCCGAGCUACAGCAGCAUUUGAAGAUAACGAGGCAUUGUCUCACUGCGACCCAACAGCAGCAGAGUCAGCAACAACAACAACAGCAGCAACAACAGCAACAGCAACAACAGCAGCAGCAAGCACAGCAACAGGCUCAACAGCAAGCCCAGCAGCAGCAACAGCAGCAACAACAACAGCAGCAGCAACAACAACAAACGACUGUCAUAAAACAAGACGAUUUUAAACCUCAAAUAGUUCAAGUAAUUGGUGCUGAUGGUCAAAUUAUCACUGAGAAGGCAUCACCAGGAUAUGUGUGUCCUGAAUGUGGCUCUUGUUUCAAUACAAAGGAGGCGUUGUCACUCCACGUGAGGUUGCACGCGGGCGACCGGACGUGUGUCACUGAUCUGUGCGCACUCACCGCCGCACUACAGCCCAGUCUGGUGCAUCACAAUCAACCCAUUCAGAUAAUAUCGUCCAACCCCAGUAACGUAGUUCACACACAGGUAAUUGCAACGAACCAUCACAUGACGACGCCACGACCGAAAUUACAUUUCUGUGUCGACUGCGGUAAAGGAUUUGCAGCGAAACACGGCUUAUUGGCUCACCAUAAACGGCAUCCAGAUAGCAGUUGUACCCUUCGGACGCACGUGUGUGAUCAGUGUGGGAAAGCUUUCUUCCAGAAAAAUCAUCUCAUGCUGCAUCAAAGACAACACAUGGACCUACCGCCUAGAAAUUCACAAGCACAACAACAAGCAACACAACAAGCACAACAGCAAGCGGCCCAACAGGCGGCACAGCAAGCGGCGCAACAGGUAGCACAACAAGUACAGCAGCAGGUGCAGCAACAGCAACAACAGCAGCAGCAGCAGCAGCAGCAACAACAGCAGCAGCAUCAGGUGCAGCACCAAAACCUCGAGAUGGAACAGCAAGAUCACCAGCAACCGACUCACAUACAGGUUGUAACGAAUCGUUCGGGUCAGGUGAUCGGUAACCAGAUAGUGGUGGGCACGGUCGGCGGGCGACGCGCUCUGCUCGGCUCACCGCUACACAUCGUCACCAGGGACGGCAAACAGCUCGCCUCGCAGAUUGGACACAAGAGACACCACGCCGGCGACGUCAAGGAGGUCGGCGGGCUGGUGCUGUCGGGUCGGGGGGCGACCGGGCUCAUCAAGUACGAGAUAUCGAUACCGCCGCCGGCUUCCGUGGUACAAGUACAGCAGCUAGACUGAACGCGUAGCGCCUAGACCGACUCAUAGUGUACUACAGUGAUACAGUACUCGGCUUAGAACACACUACUACGAGUUCGCGUGCUCGCGUACAUACGGACGGUUCCGGCGUUCAUAAACUCUCGCGUAACUUGUGGUAGGAGCAGAUCUAGAUGGCUAUGUAUUGGCCGAUAUGUUGUCAAUUUUAUACCAUCGCGGACUGGGUGGUUCGGUGGAGUCGCCUGUUGCUGUAAGCGCAUGUCACAUGAUGUAGACGCGUCCACUUGUUGUAUAGUAAUCAGCGUGUGAUUGAUGGCAAUUGAUUCGCAAGUACUGUAUAUAUUGCUCUAAAAUUUAGGGCAUCGAAGUUUGCGAUCAUGUAAAAAUAAAGAUCGGUGUACAUUUAAUGUUAAGGGUAGUUGUAUCUAGUGUAUUUUAUUGUACAUAUCAUAAUUUUUUUUUAAUGGCAAAUACUGUUUUUUUAUACAUAUAUAUAUAUAAUUUGUAAUUAUAUUGUACAAUUUAGUUAAAUGCGAAGUUUAGUGCAUCCUAAGACGCAUUUAAGUUUGUUAACCUUCGAAUAAGUACAUACUGGUUAUGGAGUGCAAUCAAAAAUUUCAUUUUUUUAUAGAUCUGACUUUAUUUAUAUUUCAUACGGAAGAUGGCGCUAGAUACGAGACGGUACACAACGGUCCCUGUGUAGUGAAGCGAUUAGUUAUAUAAGCAUCUGAUGGAAUUAUGUUUUUAAUAGAAAAAAUAUAUAUUUGUUUAAACACCCUGUAUUAUAAACUGUGAGUGCUUACCGAUAGAAAUGAAUUUUCUUAAAACCGUCUAGUCCAGGAAAAUAAAAUUCUGUUUAUUGUUGACCGCUAGCAUUGGAUACAUAGUGAGAGGAGAGAACAUUGUUCGUCUUUAUAGUAUUAAAGAAAAUUGCCAAAGAGAGGAGAAACAUGUAACGUGAACAGUGAGCUAGUGUCGACAGAGAGUGCUUCCGAAGAAAAGUUCCCUAAUAUUUGUUUACACAGUAUUAAAUACGCUAACUGACUUCGCCUGAUGUUGGAUCUAUAGUUUGCCAUUUACUUAUGUAUAUAUAUAUAGGGGAUAUCUAUAAUUUUUAUAUUAAAUGAAAAUAUACAUAUAGAAA